AUGGCAACAUCCUCAGAAUUUAGUGAUAGUUUCUGCGAUAAAAAACCAGAAAGAGAGCCAGAACAAACUGAUGAAAAACCAAUAGAUAUAUCUGUUAUACCUGAUGCUCAUAGUGAAGAAAGUCCUAAAAGCGUAGAUGAAAUUCAAGCUAAAAUAAGUGAGGUUCAAAAGAUUAUCAAUGAAAAACUUAAAAAACUUCAAGCACUUUGCCGUCCACCAGAAGAUCAAAAACUUUGCCAUCCGCCAGAAGAUAUUUCUCAAAGUGACACCUCACAAAUAAAAAAAGAGUAUUUACAAAAUGUUAAAUUGUUAAAUGAAUUCUUUAUUAAAUAUAAUAAAAAGACUAAUGGAAUGACAGAUGGAACUGAAAAAAGAAAAGACGUUAUUGUUGUUGCUGAUCCAAAUGAAAGAUUUGUUGAUAUAUUUCAUGGUAAACCAGUGAAGUUAUUCUUAGAUACUCUUAGUAGUUAUAAAAUUAUAUUUCCACGUAUCCAAUAUUGUAAAAUACUAAAUUCAUCAACAAAUACAUACAAACAACUUUUUGGACAGAAAGAUUUUGGUGUAUUUUGUGUUACUAAGUAUGGAAAUGUUUUUGGUAUAUUCUUUCAUUCUGUUAAAAUACUUAGAAACCAAACCUUUGUUUGUAAUAAAUCUGCUUUAUUCAUUAUAAGAAGAAAUGGAAUGAAAGAAUAUGAACCAAUUGUAAGUAAAAGAGAAAGUGAUAUUUAUUUUGUACUUGGGAAUGAUAAUACUGAAGAUGAUUUAUUGAUAACAAUUACUAAUAAUAUUGGAUAUGGAAUACAAUUUUAUAAUAACACAGUUAGUAUUAUUGGUGAUAUUCAAAAUGUAUUUAAUGAAAUAGAAUAUAAUGGUAUGUUAUUAAAUAUAAAUGAUAACAACGAAUAUCUAGAAGAAUUAAAUGAAUUAAAGAUUAUGAAAAUUCAUUCAGAUGAUGAUGGAAAACAAUCUUUAAUUGAAUGA